AUGUCUACUUCUGCAGGAACCUGGCAAGAUUCAACAGCAGACUCGAGCCGGCCUGCUUCCAACGUGACGCGGUUCAGCCGAGCCUUAAGCGCCAAUGCGAUUGUCGAGAGACAUGGUCAGAAAGAAGAAAUCCCCCAGAUUGUCUACUAUCAAAAGGGUGUAGGGACUGGCUUGGGAGAUAAAUACUGGGGUGGCGUAGCGGGAUUGGGACUAAGCGCCAACGUGCGCGCAGCAUACGGCUUCCUGGUCGACAACUACAACGAAGGUGACAAGAUCUACUUCUUUGGCUUCUCACGCGGGGCAUACACGGCACGCGCUGUCGCAGGUCUCGUCUGCCAAUGGGGUCUCCUAACGCGACGAGGAAUGGACAACUUCUCGACCGUGUACGACGAUUUCUACCAAAAGAAAGCAGACGAUUAUACGCCCGAACAGCGACGAUCACUCGGAUUCCGAGAUCCACUCCCCCGAUUUACGGUGGAGAUCAUCGGGGUUUGGGACACGGUCGCCUUCCACCAGACAUGGCUAGGGGGGUGGAUGGGUGAGAAGCUGGAGUUCCGGAAUACAAUUCUCUCCGAGAAUGUUCGGUAUGCGUUUCAUGCGUUGGCGCUCGAUGAGGAGCGAACGGCGUAUCAGCCGACGCUAUGGAACCUGCCGAGGAAGAGCGACGGACAGGAACUGUUGCAGGUUUGGUUCUCGGGGGUGCAUACGGAUGUUGGGGGUGGGGGGGAUGAUCCUCGACUAUCGAAUAUUACGCUGGCGUGGAUGAUCGCGCAGUGUAUGAAGGACGAGCAGUUGAGUUUUGAUAUUGAGGGAUAUUUGUUUAAUUUGCCCCCGUGUCCGAUGGUAAAUGAGAUUGAACCGUGGGGGACGAGGUUGGGUCAGACGGAGCAGUGGGGUUUCACACGGUCUCUGGAGGGCGUUCUGGGCGGUGUUUCGACACGGACACCUCUGGCUUAUAAGCCUAUCGACUCAGGGAUCACCAAUGAGACGAUUCAUAGGUCGAUUGAUGAUCGGAACUUGGCGGGAGCUGGUAAAUGGGCGUGUUCCGCGUUGAAGGCACGGAAGGACACUGAUAGUUGGUUUCUGACGGAUGGUAGAGUGAUUGUUGAAACGCCGUUAUUGAAGAUGGAAGAGUAUAUGAAAGGGCGGAUUCGGACUGUGCAUGUUGAUCGGCAGGAUUAG